GGGCUGGGGCGGGGCCUCCUGCGGCGAUGUCAGGCCUGGCUGGCAGCUUCUGGAGGCCGCGGAGGGGCAUUCCGGCGUGGUCACUGCGGGGCGCCCGUCCGGCCGAGCCUUCAGGCCCAGGGAAGAGCUGGCGAGCGGCCGCGGGGCCGCAGUGCCUCCAGUAAACCGGGAGCCGGGGAGGGCAGGGGGUUGUCUGACCCGCUCUGUGCCCCGCCCCUGACCCAGCCUGAGUUGAAAUCAAGGACCAGCUGCCAUUUGACUCCCCACUGCCACUCUGUCCUCUCGCCUCCAUCCAUGGCGCCCCUGCUCACCCUGUUCCUCGUGGCCCUGGUGGGCCUCCCUCGGGCCCAGGCUCUGGACUGCCACGUGUGCGCCUACAACGGCGAGAACUGCUUCAAUCCCAUGCGCUGCCCGGCCAUGGUCACCUACUGCAUGACCACACGCACUUACUACACGCCGACCAGGAUGAAGGUGAGCAAGUCGUGUGUGCCCAGCUGCUUCGAGACCGUGUACGACGGUUACUCCAAACAUGCUUCCACCACAUCUUGCUGCCAGUAUGACCUCUGCAACAGCGCUGGCCUCGCCGUGCCGGGGGCCCUGGCCCUGGCCCCCAUCCUCCUGGCUACUGUCUGGGGUCUGCUCUAAAUCCCUGCCCCCCACCAAGACCCACUCAAGGACCGAGUUCUGAGAGGCACAGCCCCACCUUUUCACCUGCGUCCCCCACCCACCUGGUGCCCCCCCCCCCACCACACCCAGGACCGUCAGCUUCAGGACUCGGGGGGCUCGCGGCCUGGGGCCUCCUCCCAGACCAGGACUUUCAUUCUCAAAAGGUUGAUGUGGGACCAGCCCUCCCAAAGUUGUCUGGCCUUGGUGGGAGAGCUCGCCCCUCCUCUGCCCAAGGAGGGGGGUGUCUGGCAAAAUGUGCUGCUCGGUUGGGGUUCUCAGUUGGCUGAGGAACACUGAUUUGAGGGGACUUGGCCCACCUUCCUGGCAGCUGCCGCAGUCUGCCCAGUAAGGGUGUGGAGGGGUGGGGGACAGUAGGGACCCAGGAUGGGUGGGGGGCACCCUAGGAAGAAGGGCUUUCUGGAGGCGCACGAGGGCUGUCUCUGUGGGCAUGUGAGGAAGGCCUUUGUCCCUGUCAGCCGUCCCAGGGAGUAGUGCAGCGAAGUCCUGUGUCUCCAGGAAGUCCUGUGUCUCCAGGCGGCCCUGGGCAGGGGAGGGGGCGGGCCUGUUCUGAAGAGAGCCCUGAGGUCCCCAGCCCCAGAAGCCUGGUGAGAGGUUCUUCCCCUUCUUGCCAGGCCAAACCCUUGACCUGCCACAUGCCCCACCCUGGCCUGAGGCUGCAGGCUCUUGGGGGCAGGGCAGGCAGGCUAUAUUUGGUGGAGCCUGAGAGCUGACCGGGGGCUAUUUUUGGCAGGGAGAAGGUGGGGCCAAACAGCUUGGUCUUUCAGCCCUCGCCUGCCCCUUCACGGAGUGGGUUGAGCAGCAGCACCUAUCCGGUUGGCCUGGGGUGGAGGGGUGUGUGGGCGGGGCUGGGGGUGGGCGGCAUGUUCCUAAGAAGAGAAAGAGGAGGUCUGGGGGACAGAGGCUGGAGGAAGCAGGGUCUGAGAUUCAGAUGACCAGGUUCCCUCCAGAAUCCCGGAAGUCCCUCUGCACCUUCCAAUACAAAGCACCACUGUCCACACCCACUCGUGGCUGGUCCCCACCUGCUCUGGCCCGCGGGCCUGGCUGAAUGAGAGCCGGUGAGCCGGCCCCGGCCCAGAGGCUGAGCCCACCAGCCUGAGGGUCUCCAUGGGACCCUUCACCCUCUGACUCUGCCCAAGGGGAGAAAGAGAAGUCCUCCCCGGGCUAAAGAGCUCCCUCUUUGAUUUGGGGAAUGGUCUCCAGGUGCCCCCAACCCAGUGGGGUAUUGGGGACUCUCGGGGGCCCAAGAAUUGGCAUUAUUUAAAGGGUACCCAGCCUAGGUGAACCCCAUCCCUGGCCUGGUUUAGGAAACAAGAGUCACCCAGCAACAACAAUCCUGGAUAAGGGUGGCCCAGGAAACAUUGGCCCUCCUUCCAGUGAAGUCAGACUGGACAUGCGACAUUGUGGCCCAGGUCACACAGGGCCUGAGCGUCCUUACCUAACCAGUGUCCCCAGCUCAGCAUCUCUGGAGGGGCCCAGGAGUCCCUUCAAAGCUGGCUGGGCCCAAGUUGGCAGCAUUACAACAAAUGCCUGUGUGGUAGGACAGUCCCCGGGACUCAGAAGCCCUUGCCCCGAAGCAUGGCCCUGAUCGGGGAGCCUGUGCUAGAGAUUCAACCUGGAGAGCUCCAAGCUGUGAUUCCAGAUCUCAAGGGAUCAGGAUACCCGAGGAGAGCCUGGGCCAGCCUGGGUAGGGGUCCUCAGGCCGACCUGGUUGGACCUCCCAGUAGGUCUGGGAAGAUGGGUCUCAUCCUGGGCCAAGAGGCAGGAAGGAGCUGUACCCCAAGGAGUGUGAGGUCAAGGGCUCAGCCCCCACAGGAGACUUGGGUGUCUCCUCCCCCCGAGGACCGAUCCUGUGUGAGCCUUUCCCUGGGGAGGCUGGGAGCAAGCCAGACCGCCAGCCUUGACCUCCUGACUCAGUGGGAGAGGCUUGGGAGCCGUCGUUAAAUCGCUUGUGUAAGACCUUCAUCCUGGGCCAGCUGGCAUCGUAGGCCAGAGCUGGGAGGGACACGGGAUCAGUCCUCCCUCCUCCAUCACAGGGGGGAUGAAGUUAGAGCCUCGCGUGUCCCCCUGUGGGCUCUGGGGUCACUGAGAGCAGGGAUCCAGCGAGCUGGGCUUGCCAUGGUAUGGGGGUGCCCACACCUGCCCUCUGCACCCCUCUGCCCGUGCUCCACCGUGACCUGGUCCAAGGCCAACACCCACAACAUCGCACCAGGUCCCCCAGGACCAUGCCACCCCCUCCACCGCCACAGAUAGGGCUCUGCCUGGCCCGGAUGUCUCUGAAACCCAGCACAGAGCCCCCGGAAAGCCCUCAACCAAUACUGGGCCAGGCCCCAGUGGGAAAUGCCAGUGGGGAUGUCGCCGACGAGGAUGGUAACCCACAUCUGUCUGGUUUCCCUGUGGUCGUGGCUCUGAGCGCUCCACGACCACCUGCAAGGUGGAAGCCAUUAUCGUGCCACCUUUGCAGGUGAGGAAACUGAGGCAUGGAGCAAUGAUGUGGCGGCCCGCCCGGCAGGCUGGCUGGCCACCUCGCCCGACCCCCACAGGCCUGCCCCACUGCGCACUGUCUUCUCCCAGCAGCUGGGAGCUUGAGAGGGCGAAGCCCAGGAGGUGGGUUUGUAAACGGAAAACAAUCUUAGCCUGUGAAGUAAUUACAAGAGUUUAGGGUCAGGAAAGCUUCGCAGGAGAAAAGUGGAACCAGAGAUCUGAGAAGGCGUGAGGACCAGCAGCAGGGCGACCGGCCCGCAGUCUGUGUCCCAGGCUGUGGGCUGGCGUCGCCAACGGGGGAGAGCGCAGGGGCGCCAACGUGACUCCAGGAUCCUUCCGACAGAAUCGAGCACCCCCUGGAUGUGAAUAGAUGCUCGGGCUCCUCAGAGGUCUUUGUGGCGUCUCAAAGCAGCCUGGGGGUCCCUUGUGCUGGCUGUGCUGUGCCCCCUCCUGUGGCUGUUUUGUGCCUUGUCCUGGGGCACAGCUGAGAAGCUGGGGCUGUGGGCGCCCCCCUAGAGACACCGGCCCUGCACGGAGAGAAGGCGUCAGGAAGGUGUGCGUCCAGGGCUGAGGUGCCCUGCUGGGCGGGGGGCAGGGGGCGGCACCAACCGCAUCGUCAUCCCCUUUACAGCGGCUGGUUUGUUCCGUGAGCGUGUAUGUUGUUCUUGCUUCUAAACCUCUGGAAAGGGUACAAAGAAAGGGAGAGGCCUCUUUCUGCCUCGUGCCCUCUCAGUGCGUUUUGUUAGCUCCCACCACUGAACUUGCCGGGAGUUCCCCGUUCACAUCUCUGAGCCUCCGUUGUCUCACUGAUAAAAUGGGAACGACCGUCCCCGCCGAGCUGAGGCCUCGUGGGGGUUAACGAGGCUGUGGGUGUAAGUGACCAGCACACAGGAGGCCUCAGACGGACAGACGGAUGGAUUGACGGGUGGCGUCCCUUCCCUUCGUCACACUUCCCGGGGCCGUGUCCCUGUCAGAUGCUAAUGCUAACUCCUAGCCCUGACCCUGACCCUGACCCUGACCGGCACAAGCAUCCGCCUUCACCCCAGAGCUCCCUCCUCUGCUUACACUCUGCACCCGAGGGGUCCGCUCCAUAUCUCACGGAGUGAGUGAAUAAAUGGAUGAAUAAAUGUG